GAAAGGUGGAGAAGUAAAAGGAAAUUGAAGCGGUCAGGAGUGAGAAUCAUUCCGACGCUCCUGGAAAAGUCCGAGAUCCAUCAUUUUCUUCCGAGGAGCAAUGCCCAUCAAAUGGGUUUUGCAUUGGCAACCCAAUCAAGGGUCGACUGUGAGCACCCAGAUCCUCAACGAGGUUACGCAGUGCCUCGAGAGCAUCAAUGGCGUCAGAGAAGGAAGAUGGAAAGCCACUCUCAACUACUACAAGCCCAUCGUACGAGACCAGGCAGCGGCUUACGAGUUACCGCGCGAUUUUCUGGGGAUUUCGUUAGCAGAGCAGCCGAGUAAGUACUAUUUCAUAAUCAGUACGCAAAGGAUCAUUCUCGAGGCUGAUGCUUCGAUUCAGAUGAUAAUGGAGAAGUUGCAGUCUUACAAAUCCAGGGUUACCCUUUACUUCGAGGGUUCUCAGUACCAGUUGGGCGAUUUUCGAUUGAGAGUGGGCAAAGUCGUGCCGAUCAAUUCCGAGAACCUGAGAGGAAUAGUCAUGGAGGUGGCUUUACUUCUCCUGUGCCUCUUAAGGAGUUUUUAUUAUGUUUCCAUGGUGUUUAUGGUGGAGUAUCUCCCGUUAUCUUCAAUGGAGAAAGCGAAGCAAGUGAUGUAUGAGUUCUUGGAGAUAUGCCAAGAAGCAUUGUCCAAGAGAUCGCUGCCGGGUUAUUUCAUGCACAUAGCACCUAACUUUGGAGAGUUUGGUCUCUCAGACAAUUACUCACCUCAGCAUACAGCCGUGCAGUACGCCUUCAUCGUGGCUCAUUUGAUCGCCUCGGUUCAAGCUAUGAGAAACUAAUACAUGAGAUUUCUUGCUUUUCUGUGCUUCCAUUCCGUUCGUUCGGGAAGGAAAAAAACAAAGCUUUUCUCGGGUUUUGGCUGUUUUGUCUCGAUCCCGAAACUGGGUAUCACUCGGUUAUUGUAAGCCAUUCUUGCAACAAUUUGAUCUAUCAGAUUUUCCUGUUGUAAUGGAUCGGACAAGACAAAAAAACAUUGCAAGACAUAAGUUCAACA